AUGCGAUUCUCUGCUGCCAUCGCCUCCGCCAUCUUAGGCGCUUCCUUCGCCUUGGCUGCCCCUCCGGUCGAUAUCGGUGACAUCAAUGAGUAUGUCAAAGUCACCGACCUCGAGAUUACCAGGGCCGCCUUUGGAAAGGUGACAGACGUCUCCUUUAAACUUUCCGGUGACAACGCCACAAGCCUGGCCUGCAGCGCUCAGAAUCCCACCCUGGGUUAUGAGGUGGCCGAUUUUACUCGGUGCGGUGAUUCCGAUUAUUUAUUCAAUUUGCUUCACGGAGAAGAUACCGGCUACGCACUGGCCGUUUUCCAUGAGUUUCAUGUUGAUGGGUCUGGUACCUACAGUGCUGGCCAAUAUGGCCAGGAUGAGUUCCUGGUUGACUGCGAGACCAAUGGCGACGUUCAGAACUGCAAGUCGACUCAGAGCCCCAUUACUAUUAUCCUUACUGGCCAGUGA